CACAGAGCCUGGAACAUGGAAGAGGAGAGUUGAGCAGAGUGCGUAGACCAGUGCUGGCCAUGGGGAGGACAGCCCCAAUCCUCCUUGCUCUGCUCAGCCUAACAGUGGCGGUUUCUGAUGCCCAGGACUCCUGCCCAGGUGUAAGAAUAGUGGGGCUGGGUGAUGCCGACCGGCUUGCUGUCCUCCAAGGAUGUCCAGGGACACCAGGUGCCUCUGGCCCAAAAGGAGAACUAGGUCUCCCAGGAACAAAAGGAGAAAUGGGAGCACAGGGAAACCCCGGGAAAGUAGGACCACCUGGUACAAAAGGAGCAGCUGGAGAGCCUGGUUUACCAGGACCUAAAGGUAAAUACAGGACUCGGCUUGAAAAGCAAGCAAUGUCAAGGGAUGGAAGAGGGGAUGUUGUUUAUCCAACAGGAGCGAAAGGAGAGCCUGGAUUUCCAGAAACUUUGGCCAGGAACUGCCAAGAGCUGCUGGAUAAAGGGAAGAUCCUGAGUGGCUGGUACACCAUCUAUCCCCAAGGCUGCAAUGCCACAAUGGUCUUUUGUGAUAUGGACACGGAUGGUGGAGGAUGGGUUGUUUUUCAGAGACGCUUGGAUGGGUCAGUGAAUUUUUUACGGGACUGGAAUUCAUACAAACGAGGAUUUGGCAACCAGCUGACAGAGUUCUGGCUGGGUAAUGACAACAUUCACUUCCUCACCUCCCUGGAAACCUGUGAACUUCGAAUUGACCUGGGAGACUUUGAAAACAACUACUAUUUUGCCAAGUAUGCUUCAUUUAGAAUUUUAGGAGAGCCUGAGAAAUACAAACUGAUUCUAGGAGACUACCUUGGUGGAAAUGCUGGAGACUCCUUCUCAUACCACAAGGAUAUGCCAUUUUCAACAGCAGACCAGGACAAUGACAUGAGCUCCUUUAACUGUGCUACAGCCUACAAGGGUGCAUGGUGGUACAAUGACUGUCAUUACUCCAACCUGAAUGGGAUGUACUGGCUGGGUGUUCAUGGGAGCUAUGCUGAUGGCAUAAACUGGAAGACAAGCAAAGAGUACCAUUACUCCCAUAAGAGGACGGAAAUGAAAUUUAGGCCAGUUUAA